GCCAUGUUCUGUCAAACUGGGUGGCGUUAAGAUUGCCGUGUUUAGUUAAAAGUGGCAUACAUCUAACUUCUUUCAGAUCUUUGGAACUGCAGACAUGAGCACCUCGACGCAUUGUUGGAUAUGGUUGUGUGUUUGCAUUUUGGCUUCACGCACUGCUUGCUCAUUCCUCGUGUCUCAGACACCGGAGCUCAAACACGUCUCAGUUGGUGACACUGUAAAAUUGAAAUGUACAUUUGAGCAGAAAGUUUCUUACUGCUAUUCUGCUGUAGUAUGGCAAAAGCUGAACCUACGGACUGGUAAACUCACACCGGUGAUGUCUGGCUCACAUCAACAUGAUGAGAAAACUUGCGUUCUUACUUUAACAAAUGUAGGACAGAAUGAUUCAGGGUUGUACUACUGCAUUAGCCAUCAUAACUCAAUGGCUAUUGUCGGCAGUGGAAGCAGGGUGAUCGUAACAGAUCACUCUGUUGUGGAACCAGUACUGUCCAUCUUAUACUCAGUAUCAGACACUGGCUCAUCAUCGGUAGCACUGCAGUGUCUGGUGACCGGGGUUGACCCGUCUCAAGUGCAGGUGUUCUGGAGGAUUGGAGAGAAAACGCAUGUCGGAUCAUGGACCGAAUUCGGCUGGACAAACUCCACUGAUUCACACACAGAAUUCAAGCGCGCUCAUCUCUCUAUCUCUGCGGAUGAGUGGACAGAAGCCGAUGAAAUCCAAUGCUUUGCUGAAUAUAAUGGCAUAAACACGUCCAAAACUCUGAUGCGAUACGGUGCAGAAACCCAACCAAUCUUCUCCUGGCUUCUGUACGCCGGCUGCGUGGCAGCGCUCCUCACCAUACUUAUAUCAGUCAUGAUGGCUGUAGGAUUGUACCGAGAUAUGUCGGUGAACAAAAAAAACAGAGGUCUCACAAGAAAAGAUGCCCACCGCAAAAUUUCAUAUGGCAAACAGAACACAAUGAGAGAAGAGAGUUCAUCUGUUAUGUGUUUCUCUGGGGAUCUCAUCAGUCAGGGACAGGAUACGAGUCCAUCAAAAGAAUAAAGGGUGCUAUUAGUGGAGAAGUUUGGAGUGUGUUAAAAAUGACUGAAAUAAAAGUUAGAAAAUGAAACAUAUUGCCUUAAUACAAAAAAAGAUGACCUGUUCUUAGAAAAUGUAGGUUUCUGUCUAUAUUUCUGUUAUUUUAAGUGUUUUUUUUUUACUUUUCCUCCUAAUACAAAUCUGUCCUCUUAAAUCAUGCCUCUUUGUAGACCAUCACACUUAGACCAUUUUCCAGAUUAGUUCAUUUGAUGUGACAUUUUUUAUAAGUUAUAUUUGUCCGGAAUUAGGAAAAUAGGCUAAUUCAAAAUACAACCUUAAUGGCAUCAUGCUCUUAAGAGAGUGGCACCAAUUUUAUAGUCUUUUGUAAUUCUAUAGCUUUUUUGUGAAAGUAAAACAUGAGCUCGUGAGAUUGUUCAUAUGCAUAUUUUCCUGUGAUGGGUUGAAAAACCACAGUGCAUGUAAAAAGACAAUGUGUGGCCUCUUGUUGUAGCCUUCAGUAUGCUUGUGGUUAGACAUAAACUGCAUAACAGGAUGUUUGAUGAGAUGAAGUGCAUGCACACCUGCUUUUGCUGUCCAUUUUUACAGCAACUCUACUGAUUUGAAACUAUUUAUACUGGACCUUACACCUUAUGUAUUAAUCUAUUUUUUUACAGUCUAUGGUAUUGAUACAUAAUGUAAUCAUUUGUCACCCCAACCAACCUAAAUUAUGAACUUGGUCUGACGAUAAAAAAGACUGCAAAUUGAUUGA